AAUGUCUUCUUCACCAUCACUGUCGUCGACGCCCACCCUUACUAGCCCAAGUGAUCAGCCUACGGCCAGUCAAACUUCUAGCGCAGGGGGUAACCAACCGCCAUCUACAUCAACCACGCUAUAUCUGUAUGUGUUGCCAGAUCCCACAUAACCAUCAUAGGCUGACACAGGCUUCAUCAUCCCAUGCACUGCUUCUUGAACGUUUCAUCUCGCAAUCCAAAAACGUUUUUCUUGCUUUCAUCCGUGAUCCUUUGUUUCAAUAUUCCUAUUUUCAUAUAUUUCCCUGAUACGGCUCCUUGUAACGAUGAAUUCUACAACCAGCUUCACGUUCCUCGCCACCCUUUUCGUUCUCCUGCUCAUAUCUGCCUCUAUCAUAUUCCGUUCCUUCCUCGUUCGCCGUCGGUUUCGUCAGCGUGUCGAAGAGGCUUUGGCGCAAGGAGUCGUUCUUGACCUACAACCAUCAGUAUUCGGUCUUACUUCACGGUACAUCGGAGAGAAACCCAGCGUCUAUGAAGCCUGGGUUGAACAGGGUGCACCACGUGAGAAAUCCCAGUGGCAAGCCAUCAUGCCUGUCAAUGCUCUUCUAACACACAGGGUCGAACCUACUGCGGAAUCCCGAUUACCUCAUGAGUCUCCACAACAACAGCGACCCUCAUUCCUUGCACGCUUCAAGCGACAUUCUCUAUCUCCUGAUUCACAUCCAGCUACGGUUAUUCGAGAAUAUACCCCCCCGGAUGACUCCGUCUCCGUCUGUGUCCUGAUCUCCAUGCCUCACCCAGAUUCCCCAAUGCGCUUUAAGCGUUCACCAGAAGAUUCGGUCAAGUCGCAAAUAAUUGACGGCAAAGAUCCGAACCUGGGCGUAACCACAGGGAGGGCUAGUGAUGAGGAAGGCGUCCCAAACGUUGUUUUUGGCGUCGCCGAACUUCCUGUGCUUGGUGGCUGGACAGAGGCAACAAUGGCGUAAUAUUUUCAGUUAUACACUUCCCUGGUAUGACAGACACGAAUAAGCGUGGUAAUAUGAUACUAUGAACCUUUUGACGUUUAACUUAUCUUGGUUCUGCAUUAUACUGUACUCUUGUUUUGUAACACUUACUACCACUUACUCACACCUUGAUACUCGCCAUUCUAGUAUGCAUGUAUAGUCAAGUAGGAAUAACGGGAAUGUCCAACUGUUGCAACCUUGUCUGUCGCAUAACCCUGAUAACCUGAUACUUGAGUACUGUGCCUUUGUAAGCAAACGUACCUUGUACCGA